AUGCUCUUCGGCAAGAUCCUCAGCAUUGCUGCCACUCUGGCAACUGCCUCGGCUCUGCCUCUGAACAACGCUCGCCGUGGUCUCAGCGGCGGUGUCACCAUCGUCAACAACUUGGCCCAGGACCUCUACGUCUGGUCUGUCUCUGGGACCUCUGCGCCCAUGCAGGUCCUCCCCGCCGGCGCGGCCUACCAAGAGAGCUGGCAAAUCAACCCCACCGGCGGCGGUAUCUCCAUCAAGCUCGGCUGCUCCGAGGAUGGCAGCGAUGUCCUCCAGUACGAGUACACCAAGGUCGGCGACCUCCUCUUCUGGGACAUGUCCAGCAUCGACCUCAAGAAGGAAUCCCCGCUCGUCGCCGCUGGCUUCGCCGUCAGCAUUGACGACGACUCCUGCGACACUGUCACCUGCGCUCCGGGUGACUCUGCCUGCUCCGAGUCCUACCAGCUCCCUGACGACGUCAACACCCGUGCCUGCUCCACCAAUGCCGCUUACACCCUGACUCUCGGUUAA